UGAAGGGAUGCUCACAAUGGAGAAAACAACAGCUACAACGAAUACAUAGACCAUGCAAGCUACACUGUUAACAAUUCAGGAGACGAUAAUGAAAUUACAGGAAAACAUGACUAAGAACCAUGGAGAAAUGAAAACACAGAUGGAGGAGGUGAAGAAAGAAGUGAGAAAGGAUAUUCAGAAGUUGGAUGAGAAAGUUGGCCAGAUUCAAGAAGUUCUACAAAAGAAUGAACAAAGACUCCAAACGAUUGAAAAAAGAAUGGAAAAAACAGAAAGAAAAUUAGAGUUGGCAGAUGAAAGAAUGCAAGAAAGAUACAAAGAAGUAGAGAACUCACUGAUCCAGUUGGAGAUGGAGAGGGCCUCAUUUUACUUACAUUUCCAGAAUGUGGUAGAGACGAAGGAGGAAGACCUGACAGACAUGAUGGCAGAGACUAUUGCGGAAACACUUCAAAGAGAGAAGAGUGAGAUAAUCAAUGAAUUAGACGAAGUCUACCGAGUCUAUACAAAUUACGCCAGAAGAUUCAGACUGCCAAAAGAGGUUCACAUUCGUUUUGCUCGGAAAAAGGUGAGUGACAUAAUUUCUCUCUCUAGAGAGGAACCUAUGACAUAUAAAGGUAAAGAGAUCAUAACGUUAAAACAGAUCCCAAAAAGAGUUCAAGAACAAAGGAAAGAUUAUCACUUUCUGGCCGCCCGACUCAACAAAAAUAAUAUAUUGUUUAGGUGGAUUACACCAGAGGGAAUGUUGGUGUCGUGGCAAGGGAAGAAAGUCAAGAUCGACACAUUGGAGAAAGCAAAAGAAUUCUACGCACAACUAUUAGGCACAGAGGAACUCAGUAGUAGCACAGAAGAACUGGAAUCGGCUAGUCAAGAUCAUCAACAACUGGAAAAGAAUGGAACAGAGCAGGAAGAGGAGGAAAGGAAGAAGGAAGGAAGACCACAAGAAGAAAACAGAAUAAGAACAAGAGCACAAACAGAAGCAAGGAAUUACAGGAACUAAUUGGUAAAGGCAAAGA